GGACGGUUCGAUAAAAAUCAGUCGUCGUUGCUCGGCUGCUUCGAAGGGAGCUGUUCGGCCGUUUUCAUCGUGUUCGGUGUUUGCGGGCUGCACCGUGACACGAUCGUGACUUCAGUGAGCAACUCGUGCGGAUCAGCGUCACGGUGAAUCUGGAGUGACGCGUGGAAUGAUAAAUGGUGGCCACCAGCAGCAUGGUAUAUGAGGAGAUAGUCGGUAUACGGGGCAGCUGACCCCAGCCGCCGCGCACGCUUUUCACGCGCGAGAUGCCCCACAAUCUAAACUCAGCUUCCGCCAACUCCGCCAACACGGGACCGAAUCAUCAAGCUUAUCCCCAGCAACCGUACCAUCGAGAGAACGCAGAUGGACUCCAGCCCGAGAAAGAACCGGUGGAGUUUGAUACGUUGCAUCUGCGUGGUGCGCCAGCGGAGGUCGAGGCGUUGGUACAUAACAUCAAGGAAGUCGCGCAGCAGUUCCUCUACCACUGGCGAACAUUCCCCAUCGUUCUGCCGCCGCCGUUAUCCUCAUGCACGGAGGGCGAGGACACAUUGGCACGUAAGAAGUACCACUUGAGGGAUCUCUUCGUGGCGCCCAGCUUCGACGAGCUGGACGCCGUCGCCGUGGACAGCAAGGGCGAGCCCAGAAGACUGACUAACAAGCAACUCGAGAGCAUUCGGGAACGGGGCUUACACAAGGAUAAAUAUGGAAAGCCGAAGAAGCUGAAUGCCACUCAGUUGGAGAGCAUUCGAAGAUACGGAGAGUUUGAGGUGGACUCGAUCAAUUUCGCCGGGCAGACUCAUCGAUGGCGAUUGAGCGGUCUGUUGCAACGCGGCAGAGACAGAAGGCGGGACGCGUUGCUCGGCGAUCUCGCUCUGGCGACCAGAUUUCUCGUGGUUACAGCAAAGGCUAGAUUAGUUUCCCAUUGCUUCAGUGUCUCGCAGUCUCUCAAAGCCUUACUGACAGGACUAUUACGACUUGUCGACAUUAUAAUCGGCGUGCCGUCGCUCCAGGCACACAACCUAGACGCUAAAAUUAGGGAGGAACGUUGUCGAUACCUAGUAGCAGAAUUGGUCUGCAGGUCGGAAUAUGAAGAUUCCCUGGAAUUACUUUGCGGAUUUAUACGUAAACAACUUCGCCGGGCAACUACAGAGAAGUUCGAGGUGGAGAGAGAAUCGUCCCAGCUGCUGCCCGUUUCGGUUCCCUUCGUAUUCGGAACCCCUGGCGGCGCCGCAGUUGAUCUCAGAUUAUUCAGCAGGGACAUAAUCAGAAAGGCUUUGCCGACGCUGGUCGCGAUUCUGGAGAGAGAGACAAGAGGCUGGUUUCUUCACUUUAGAGAAAGACUGAUAUCAGAACUGAGAGCACAAAAGAAACCGGACGAGGAGAUAGAACGAGAAGUUAACGAAGCAGUGAUGCGCGAGUACCUCCAGAGAGUGUACUCGAACAUCUUGUCACACCCGGACAUACUCGCGUUAGGCGAUGGGAUUGCUCAGCUGUUGGUUCAACAAGCGCAAUCGGUCGUACUGAUGCACCGAGCAGUGGAAAAUGUGCAACGGAAGCUAUCGCAAACCAAAGAAUCUCUACGACGUCGCAUGGAGAGCGAACAUCCGGUCUUGUCACGGAUACAACCAUGGAUGCGAGAUCGCAUGCGAGAGGCCGAGGAGAACUUUAUAGAAGAGUGCGAGUGGAGCGCGCACGAGGAAGCUCUCGCGCUCUGCAGUAAUCAGAAUCUCCAACAGACUGUAUAUUUCCUUAACCGUGAUUUAACUUUCAUGAAAGAGCGAGAACCAGUUCUUUUGAAAGAACUGCGAAAAGUGAAAACUCCAACGAGGACUUUCCAAUGGCCGACGCAAAUCUGGCUACCAAAGAACUGGAUAAUACGGCGCAAUUUCCAGGGUCAAUCCGAGAUCAUUCCAACCGUAUUGAGUAAUACACCGACUUCUAUCACGACACCUCGCGCCGACCCUAGCCAACCGGUCUUCUUAGUCGAGAGAGAGAUUUUACAUACUACUACAACAAGAUGGCCGAUGUGGCGUUGGAUCAAUUACAUCGCCAGAACAUGGUGUUGGACUUGGAACGCAAUGUUCCUAUUGGGCGUGGCUGUACCGUGGUGUAGUCCGGUGUCUAUACGUGCUCUGUUGCUGGUACAACCGUUCACCCCCGACCUGGAAUUGAGUCAACUGAAUGGGACGCUGUUCCCGAGGAAAUCGUCACAGAUGCCCACCCUCUGUUCUCGAUUGAUAGCGCUUUGGAGGCAUAUCAGCAAAAGUCGAACACACUUCGAAACAGAACCGGACACUGGGUUCAUUGGCAAAGGUAUGACCAGACAUUUAAACAGGCUGUGGAAUUACGGUGCAAAGGGUCUCCUGGGCACGCUUAUCAUACUAUUCGUGUUUCCCGUGGUGUGCAUUUUGGCGAGCGUCGCGUCGCUGAUUGUUGCCUUGACCGCUGUCCUAUGGAUGCCUCUGGUCACGUUGAUGCUGCACGCGUUCAUGGCUCUCAUGAUGGACCUGGACAGUCCUGAACCAAGUCGCAAUCGAUAUCUUGUAGUAAUGGAAGCGUUAGUAUGGAACAUCGGCAUUCAAGGAUGCUUGCAGCCUAUAGCAGCGCUACUCGUAGCCCUCAUUUUGUGUCCCGUUAUAUCAUUCGUGAUACUUACAAUUGCUGUGAUACGUUACUGGAUCAGAGUACUCUGGGAUACGGUCAUGUUCCAUCUAGUGAUCAAAAACAGGGGCCGAAUACCGGCGAGCGAUAGCUUCGUUGUGAAAAGAAUAGCUGGGCCGGGGCUAGCUUCAGAUUAUUAUUAUCAAAUAAGAGCAGAACAAGCAUUGGCCGCCUUUGAAGCAAAAUUAGAGCUAGACGAACUGCUGGCUUUCCAACAAGAAACUGAGAGAUUAAUUACUCAGCCACAGAGAGAUUUUACUCAGUUCGUAGAGGCCUGUUUCGGACCGUUCGCCGCCAGUCUCGCCAAAACGAAGGACCCAUACCGAUCGUUAGAAAAAGAAGCCAAAGAUUUAAUUGCUGUAUUACACGAGAAGUUAGAUCGACGAAGAAAAAAUUUGCAGACGGGUCUUAGUGUCGCUGUGAGAAGUAAAAUAAAGUUAACCACUUUCGACUUGAAGGUGGUCAUACAACAAGGCGCUCUAAUGCUAGAACGUCUUUAUCCUACUCAUGUCUUCGCGAGACUGCCCGGGAACGAGGAUGAUUUCUGGGAGAACAAGGGUUUGGGAGCGUGCGAUUGGGCUGGUUUGGCCGGGCUCAUGUACGCCGACAUCUUCAGUUUGGACUUCCUGCAACCGCUCGAUGAUUCGGACACUAAGUUCAAAUUAGAGCCACACCCAGGAGUCGACCUGUCACGAUACACGGACAUGGUGCAUAGUACCGAGCUCGGUGGCAUCAAUGGGCCUGACUUACUCGGCGCGGUUUACGCGCCGCGUGGGAAUAUUCAAGUCCACAGUCCGUACCUUGAGGUAUCGGCCUUCAAUCCGAGAGCUAAACAACCUAGCAACAGCAGGAAGUCCGACAAACGAUGCGACACUAGCGGUCUGUUGACAUCUACGAAAAUCCGAAGACGCACUAUGACUACCAAUAACAGCACAGAGGGGCGUUGGCAGCCGUGGAAACGACAAAUUCGUCCGUAUAGUGCAGAGAAGCUAGUCAUUCCUUUGCCGAUUCCGCACCCGGCUCACAUAGCGGUGACUAUCCACAACCGCGACUCGGAGGACCCAAUACCUCUUGACUCCGAAUUAUGUCAGAAUAUCUUGCGAGCCAUCGAGGAAUCUCCCGGCGAAAUGGCAACAGAAUGCGUCGGUCGAUACAGAGGCGGCGGCGGCGGUGACUCCAGUUUCGACUCCGUCGCUUCGCAGUCGUCAGUCUCUAUCGAAACCGGUCUGGACAAGGAGAACGAGAACGCGCAGGAAACGCAGCCAAACGCCGAAAAAGAAGGUGAGACUUACCAUUGGACUCUCUCGAACUGGGGCGGCGGCGUGACACGAAGACGAAAUAACUCUGGAUCGAUCAAAGUUGACCUGGCAUCCCCGGAAGACGUCACCCUAGACACAGAUACCACCAGAGUGAUGUUCAGCACGUACGGAACUACUGUCUAAAUUAAGAUCCGCCGUUACAUCGGGUAAAUCGCUAUUAUCGUCGUAUUUAUACGAUACGUGGAAAAGAGGAAAUACGAAAGAGUAGAGUUGCAAUUUUAGCGAGCUGAUUUUAGAAAACCCGUUUUAUCAUCAAAAAGGACACCAUGUAAUGUUAAAAUCGCAUAAUCUACUUUCAAGUAAAAGCAAAACGAGCAACGGAAUCAUUAACCGAUAUAAGAAAAAGAUGAAGGAUUUACUAAUAAAUUUUAAGGCUCCUACUCUCUCGCCGUAAAAUUCUUGGUUAAUAACAUCAAAAGUGAAAAAUACAUGUUAAAAAUUUUUGCAAAAUACAUUGAAAAAAAUAUGACACAUUGUGAACAUACUUUAUUUCAAUUAAUUUUGCAAGAAUUUUGGUCGUAUAUUUUCUCGCUUCUAACACAUUAUAAAUUAAAUUAUUUAAUAAAUUCAAUUUUGGGUGUGGAUGCGCCAGAAGCGAAGAAACGCGUGUCCAAAAUUCUUACGUGCUAUUAAAAAAAAAAAAGAUAUUUGUAUGAAAGAACAUUUCUAAUUGCUUGAAUAUACUUGUAAAAGUGCUUCAGAAAAUAUCUUUUUCUUGAAACAGUAAAUAGCCGUAAAAUUAACGUGACAUGCAAUCUUUUUCUUCUAUCUAUUUUUCCUUAUGAUUUUGCCACAUUCGUUUUAUAGCUAUUUAUUGAUCACGGGAAAAGGAUAGUUUUCGAAAUAUCUUAGAAGUAUGCUCAGACAAUCUGAAGUGUCCCUUUAUGCAACAUCUUUUUAAUUGAAAACGCAAGAAUUUCCAGCAUGUUAUUUCUCACUUCUGACCUCACGAUCCAACAUAUUCGCGGCGAGUAUCUAAGAGCCUUGAUCAAAAAUGUACAUUCUCAAGACAUUUGGAGAAAAUACAUCGAUAAAAAAACAUAUUUAUGGAUCGAGUAGAUAUGUACAAGUAAAUACUAUUGAACGAAUCUCAGUAAAUCACGGUUAUUGAUAUUGAAACGAAACGUAAUCCAUUUCUGUUGUAUCUAAAUUUUAUCUAAAAAAGUCUGUUAUAAAUAUUACAUGUCGAGUUUACUCGUUCGACAACAGAGUUUGCGUAAGGGUCUUCAGAUUCGAAAAAUUAAUAAAAGAUAUUGUGACUAAUGCAAGAUUUAAAGAUUUCGUUACAAUAACGAAAUCAGGAUUUUUAAGAAUAUUAUAAAAAAGAUUAUUGAGAACGCGAAAUAUAUAUAUUCCAGAUUUUAGUGUGACACAGGUAAGUCUAGAAGACAGCCUCUUCUUAAUGUUACGUUAAAAGAAAAAAAUGCGACAUUCGUAUUAACAUAUUGUAUAUAGAUAGUUAAUUGUAUAAAUAAACUUGUUAAUGUAAUAUUACUCCGGAUACAUUUUCCGUUAUUUACGAUGUACUAACGGCACUCGUAUAAAAAAAGUAUAUAUAUACACACACAUACACAGGGUAUCUGAUAAUUGUAACAUACCAACUCCAUAGAGGCGUAGAGCUAAGCGAAAGGAUCAGAAAAGUCCUCUUGCAUUUAGAGAUAACGCGUCUAGUUUGUUAGUAACAACCGCGUAAAGUUUGGCGUUUGUUACGCCCAUCGCGGCCUAUAGACGCUUCACGGCGAGCUGUGUGCGUCGAAGCUGAGCGGUAAUGCGGCUCGCGCUGAUCACCGCGAUGGCGUCUUGACGCUUAACGCUGCCGGCGCGCGGCUAGGCGACGAUGAACGCGCCGCGUUGCCGCUUAGCCUCGACACACACAGCUCGCCGUGAAGCGUCUAUAGGCCACGAUGGGCGUAACAAACGCCAAACUUUACGCGGUUGUUACUAACAAACUAGACGCGUUAUCGCUAAAUGGAAGAGGACUUUUCUGAUUCUCUCGCUUAGCUCUAUGUCCUUAUGAAGUUGGUGUGUUACAAUUAUCAAACACCCUGUAUACAUGCUUAUACGAUUACGCUCUCAUUUAACAUUACAUAACGUAUAUAACAUAGAACUAAUAAAGUAUACUUACUAUAAUAAUUUUAUCCAAGAUGAUCGUGAAAUCGUGAUUCUCUAACAUGCAAAAGCGACCGAUGCAGCUGAUUACGUUUUGCGUUUAAUUUAACAAUGUACAGUAUAAAUUGAUUAUAUAUGACCCGAGCAGCGCACAAAACAUUGAUAUAUCGAAUCUGUAGCUGCCAACUGUUAGCUAACCAACAUGUGCUGCUCGAGUAUAAAUGUGUAAUUUACUCUUGUAUAAUUUAUUUUGUCGAGAGAGAUCGAAUACGCUCUCGUAUAUCUAACGUUUUACCUAACUUUUUAACGUUCGUCUACGUCUCAAUGUACAUGUUAUUUUACUAAUAAAAUCGCAAUAGAUAUUAUGCUCCCCGAUGUCGAAGGAGAAAUUUACUUUAAUCGACAGCGUGCGCCUCACAGAUUAACGAAAAAACCGCAUUAAGGUGAAUGUAUUACGACAUUGUAGAUAAUGGUACAAAAUAGUGAAUUUCAGUGAUACGAUGCUGAUUAGCACGGACAGUGAAACUAUUCAAACUCAAUAAAAUCUACUGUAAUGCGAA